AUGUUGCUGUUUUGCUGUCAGUGCGGAACCCGACUGUCACUGUCGGGCGCGGGCAGUGUGUGUCACGUGAUGUCGUGCCCCACGUGUCCGUACGUGCAUCGGGUGUCGCAAAGUAUUGUCAACAGAAAGUAUCCCAAACUGAAAGUAGUGGACGAAGUGCUGAGCGAUUCGGCCGUUUGGCAGACCGUCGACUCCACGGACGAGAAGUGUCCCAAAUGUGACCACAAGAGGGCGUAUUUCAUGCAAUUGCAGACCCGAUCCGCCGACGAACCCAUGACUACAUUCUACCGCUGCUGUAGUUGUAGUCAUCGAUGGAAAGACUGA